UGCUGUUUCCGGGAGUUGGUAAAGGUCCCUGUCGGUGCUGCUGCUGGUUGUAAAAUUAUUAAUUUUAAUAUUCUGAUUAUUAGUGUAUUAUUAGUGUGUUUUUUCCUCGGCAUGUCUCGCGGUUCGAGUGCGGGCUUUGACCGCCACAUCACCAUCUUUUCCCCGGAGGGAAGACUCUACCAAGUCGAAUAUGCUUUCAAGGCCAUUAACCAGGGAGGCCUUACUUCAGUAGCUGUCCGUGGGAAGGACUGUGCAGUCGUCGUCACGCAGAAGAAAGUGCCAGAUAAACUGCUGGAUUCCUCCACCGUAACUCAUUUAUUCAGAAUAACGGAAAACAUUGGCUGUGUGAUGACCGGCAUGACGGCUGACAGCAGAUCACAGGUCCAGAGGGCUCGGUAUGAAGCGGCUAACUGGAAGUACAAGUACGGCUACGAGAUCCCAGUCGACAUGCUGUGCAAACGGAUUGCCGACAUCUCCCAAGUUUACACGCAGAACGCAGAGAUGAGGCCGCUGGGCUGCUGUAUGAUUGUGGUCGGUGUGGACGAGGAGUGCGGCCCGCAGGUCUACAAGUGCGACCCUGCAGGUUAUUACUGCGGAUUCAAGGCCACUGCUGCGGGGGUCAAACAGACAGAAGCCACCAGCUUCCUGGAGAAGAAAGUGAAGAAGAAAUUAGACUGGACUUUUGAGCAAACAGUAGAGACUGCAGUCAGCUGCCUGUCCACAGUCCUGUCCAUUGACUUUAAGCCGUCGGAGCUGGAGGUGGGGGUGAUUACUACAGAGGAGCCACAGUUCAGAAUUUUGUCCGAGUCCGAAAUCGACACCCACCUCAUGGCGCUGUCCGAGCGGGAUUGAGGAGCAGAGCGCUUUCCUGCAGGAGGCGAAAACCGGAGCUUAAACUGUAAACACGACCGUGGGAAGCACUACAACAUAUCCUCAGUAUUUCAGGUCAAACUUGCUUUCUGCUGUUAAUUUAGCUUUUCCGUGCAGCAAAUUUUUUUUGAAAAAUUUUUUCAAUAAAAAAAGUGUUUUUUUGGACACGUUCUGGUUUCAUUCCCCCGUUUUUAUGUAGCGCCCGGCCUGUAUAUCAUGUUUGCUGGACUUCUCAGAAGUCUCCACCGUACGUCAGUGAAUAUUCCACAUCUGUUGUGCAUGCAUUAGCUGUUGUGUUUUACCUCAUCUGCUUACAAAAUCAGCCUCUUUCUCAACGUUUAUGUGGCAGAAUGGCCUUUUUCUGAGGAGUGGUUUACUGCAGAAAGAUGUGACUUCCUGUUUUGUUCAUUCAGAGUCAGUCAGCUGACUCGUCUCUCAGCCCUCGCGUCUGCAGAGCUGUACAUUAAAGUCUGUUUGCAGUUUU